AUGGGUAGUGAUGAUGCAAAAUUGAUAUCAAACAUACGCAAUCAGUUGGAUCGUCUUAUGCUACAGUUGGCUGAAAUUGAAAAAGAAAAAGAUUCAUUGGAUAAUGAUGAAUACGUGGAAAUGAAGAAUGAUACAGUAGAGCAGUUGAAGGAAUUGGAACGAACAUUGGAUCGUGUGAAAUGCGGUGAUGUUUCAUUAACUGAUGAGUUGACUGCUACAAAAAUGGCGAUCCAAAAUGCAAUCAGUGAAGCAUUCAAAACGCCUGAAAUUGUGGCAAUUUUUGCCAAAAAAGAACCCGUUUUACUUCGUCAAAAAUUAAUGCAGAUAGAAACUGACCGUCAUUUACGAAAGAUAUCAGACGAAACAUUUAAAGCAAGGAAAUUAGAAAUUUUGUAUGCUUUGUAUAAGCUAAACGACGAUUUAUCAGAUGAGGAGAAAAGUGUUAUCAAUGCUGCCUCUAAAGUUUCUGGUUUUCAAUUUGAAUUAGCAUCCAGUCAUUUGAGUUGUGACGAGUCCAUUAUCAAUGUUAACUUAUAG